GGGAAGAAGAGCGGGGACAUGGGGAAGGUAAAGGGAAAGCAGCGGCAGGACAGGUUCUACCAUCUCGCCAAGGAGCAGGGCUACCGCUCUCGGGCCGCCUUCAAGCUCCUCCAACUCGACGCCAAAUACCGCUUCCUCCCCUCCUCCCGCUCCAUCCUCGACCUCUGCGCGGCCCCCGGAGGAUGGCUCCAGGUCGCCGUCCGCCACGCCCCCGUCGGAUCCUUCGUCGUCGGCGUCGACCUCUUCCCCAUCCGCCCCAUCCGCGGCGCCCACGCCCUCGUCGAGGACAUCACCACCCCGCGAUGCCGCGCCGCCAUCAAGCGCCUUAUGGACUCCAAUGGGUGUUCCGCCUUCGACAUCGUCCUCCACGAUGGCUCCCCCAACGUCGGUGGUGCCUGGGCGCAGGAGGCCACCUCCCAGUCAUCCCUCGUCAUCGAUGCCCUUCGCCUGGCGACCAAUUUCCUCGCCCCAAAGGGCACCUUCGUCACCAAGGUUUUCAGGUCACAGGAUUAUAGUGCCAUCAUAUACUGUCUCAAGAAGCUUUUUGAGAAAGUUGAGGUGACUAAACCUGUGGCUAGUCGAUCUACAUCUGCAGAAAUUUAUGUUAUUGGUUCCAGGUAUAAGGCCCCUGCAAAGAUUGAUCCACGUCUUCUUGAUGUGAAGCACUUGUUUCAAGGGGCUAUUGAGCCCCCUAAGGUUGUAGAUGUUCUUAGAGGAUCAAAGCAAAAGAGAAAUCGUGAAGGGUAUGAGGAGGGAAAUACUACCUUGUGGAAGGUGGGUUUAGCUUCAAACUUUAUAUGGUCAGAAGAACCACUGGAGUUUCUGGGUUCAGUCAAUGCGUUAUCAUUUGAUGAUCCAGCUUGUUUAUCGAUCAAAGAUCAUGAAUUGACUACAGAUGAGAUUAAAUCUUUAUGCGAGGAUUUGUAUGUUCUGGAUAAAAAUAGCUUCAAGCAUCUCUUGAAGUGGCGCCUACGCAUAAGAAAGGCAUUGUCAUCUACUGAGAAGGUUGCUGCAAAGACUACUGAUGUUGAAGAUGACACAAAGGGCAAUGAGGACGACCGCCUACUAAAUGAAAUGGAAGAGUUAACAUAUGCUUUGGAACGAAAGAAUAAGAAAGCAAAAAAGCGUCUUGCAAAACGCCGAACGAAGGAUAAAGCACGCAAAGCAAUGGGAAUGCAAAUUGAUGCUACUGAAGAUAGUUACUUUGACCAAGAUUUGUUUUCUCUUUCCUCUAUCAAGGGGAAGAAAGAACUGCAAGCAAUUGACUCUGUAGAACUUGAAGAAGGUGGCAAUGAUAUCCGAGACAGUGAAAGUGAGGAAACUCAUGCAGCUGUUGGUCAUGGGCAUUCUUCGAGUGAAAUGGACUCUGAUGAAGAACAGAGGAGGUACGAUGAACAACUCGAGGAAAUGCUUGAUGAAGCUUAUGAACGAUAUGUGAGUAGAAAAGGAGGAAGUACUAAACAACGCAAACGUGCAAAAUUGGUUAUUUCUAGUGAGGACGGGUUGUUAGAGGGAGCUGAUGACAAUGUAAUUCAUUCUGAUCAAGAUUCUGAUCAAUAUCAGAGUGACAAAGAGAAGAAUCCUCUCAUGGUACCUUUGAUUGAGGAGGAGCAGCCAACUCAAGAGCAAAUUAUGGAGCAGUGGUUCAGUCAGGAUGUAUUCACUGAAUCGGCAGGUGUGUUUGAAAAAAGUGAUAGUGAAGAAGAGAGGGAGGAGAAAUCACUUGUUCUUAAAAAGCCUGAGAAAAUCUUCACCUUCCCAAAGGAUGCAAGCCUCCCUACAACACAACCCCCUCAACAAGAUGAUGGUUUUGAGAUCGUCCCAGCAGAGCCCAUGGAAACCAGUGAUGACUCGUCAUCGUCCUCUGAUGAUUCGGACGAGGAUGAUGAGGACACAAAAGCUGAAAUAUUAGCGUAUGCAAAGAAGAUGUUGAGGAAGAAGCAGAGGGAACAAAUUCUUGAUGAUGCCUACAACAAGUACAUGUUUGAUGAUGAAGGUUUGCCUAAGUGGUUUGCAGAGGAGGAGAAGAGGCACUGUCAACCCAUGAAGCCAGUGACUCGAGAGGAUAUUGCUGCUUUGAAGGCGCAGUUUAGGGAGAUUGAUGCGCGCCCAGCUAAGAAAGUAGCAGAGGCCAAAGCACGUAAGAAGCGAGCUGUGAUGAAGAAGAUGGAGAAGGCUCGCCGGAAGGCAAAUUCCAUUGCUGACCAGACUGACAUAUCUGAAAGAUCAAAGGGAAAGAUGAUCGAUCAGAUUUACAGGAAGGCAGUGCCAAAGAAGCCUCAGAAAGAGUAUGUAGUUGCAAAGAAGGGAGUUCAAAACAAGGCAGGUAAAGGAAAGGUGCUAGUGGACAGGCGCAUGAAGAAGGAUUCAAGGUCUCGUGGGUUGGGAAUGCCUGGAAAGGGUGGAUUUAAGAAGGGUAAAGGUGUGAAGGGGAAAGUAAAGGGUCCCAAAGGCAAAAACUCUGCAAAAUCGUCUGGUAAGAAGGCAGGGAAAGGGCAGAAGGGACGCAAGGGGGCCGUGCAUGGCUGAGGUGGUGGUGCCAACUAAUAUGUGCAGUUUGGUUCCUGGCGCUUUCUUUCCUAUGCUUUGCGAGUGGAGCAGCUUGCAGGCCAUAAUCAUAGGCUUUCUGAACUUAUUUACCCCAUUCUUCCGUUAUCAAUUUUGGUAAAAGCAUAUUUUCUAAUAUAAGCUCUUAAUCAUCAUAUGUUUGUAACUGCUGCUACAUGUGAAUGACUGGCAGUGCAGAUUUUAAUGGAAAACUGGUUUUGGUUCAACCUAUACUCAAUGGCUUUUGUGAUUUAGAACUUUUAAGCACUUAUUACUUA